GUCUCCUGCCUAUUCCUGCUUCCUCCUCUAAAUAUCUCUGUCUUCUUCCUCGGGUGCUCGGAACAAACUGGAAGAGGAAGAGGCGGCGGAAGAUGUCCGGUACCAUGGUAAGAGCCUCCGUGGAGCACGAUUUCUUCGGCAUCGGCGGCGGUGGCUCCUCCAAGAAACCCACCAUGGGGAGAAUGAAGUCGUUCCGCGAGAUCCAUGGCGAGAUCUCGAGGAUGAGUCCGGAUGUAAUAAAGAGCGUGAUCGCCGCCUCCAGCACAGCAGUGGAGAAGACGAAGACAGCUUUCGCUGCCGCCACGACGCGGCUGCCGGUGCCGAACCCUGAUUCUUCUUUCAGGCAUCCGAAGAUGGACACCGCUGCUCCUGCAGUGGUGGCUCCACUCACCAUCUUCUACAACGGGGCCGUCACAGUGUUCGAUCUCCCGCAGGAUAAGGCCGAAAACAUUUUGAAGCUGGUGGAGGCAGAGAUCAUCGAGGGAGUUGACGCAUCACCCACAGAGCCGGUGGCAAGCCAAGAGCAAGAUGGAGGAGGUAAGCUGGCCGAUCAACCCACACAGUACUAAUCCAUGCAUACCAUGCAAACAAAGGCGAGGAUGAGAAGCCAGGAAACUAAGUGUUCCAUUCAUCUGUUCUUGGGCAGACCUGCCAAUGGCGAGGAAGAUGUCGUUGUUGCGGUUCCUCGAGAGGCGACAGGGAAAGCAAAUAUAUAAUAGUUAGAAUUUACGAUU